AUUAUUAGUUUGGUAUUGUAAUAAUUAAAGCAAAAUAAUUAUAUUUUAUAACAAAAAUGACAAACUCAAUUUUAUAUAUUACACUUUUAGUAUGUACUGUAUUAGGUUACACUGUUGCCCUAUACCGGGUAAAUAGUGUUCCCAGUUUGCUCGGUAGACAUCAAUCAAUGAAAUCAUUGGUUGGCAAUACUACUGAGGAUUGUGACCAUGAUGCUUGCUGCAAAAAAGUUAUCGAUGACAUUGUUAAAUGUGUUUUCAAAAAAAUUAGCCAGGAUGAUAUUGAAAAAUAUAAAGAUAGCCGAAAAUUUUUAUGCUGUUUGCUGGGCGUAGAAUUUGAUUGUGCCGAAGAUAUUGGCAAGGAAAAAUGUGGCACCGAUUACGAUAGAUUCAAAAAAGUGGUCGAAACCGAUAAGGAUGUCCUCAACAAAAAUGAAUGUAAAGAGUUUCCCGUUAAAACUGGUAGUACUAAAUGUGUCGGUUAAUGUUAUAUCAUAAUUGUAAUCAAUUUAGGGAUUACUUGUAUAUCAACAUUAAUAUACUGU